AUGAAGCUUUCCCGGCCCUGCUUGCUGCUGGUCUGCGUUGUGAUGGCUGCGCUGGGUCAACCAGGACCACCUGGACCUGGUGAAGGUCCCAGCCAGCCACCUGUGGCACACACACACACACCUGGCGCUGGGCCCAAUGCAGCGAACAACUUGGCUCAGGCGAUUUGGCUGUACUUGCAAGGAGGAUCGUCAGCAGGUGGUCCUCCUGGUGCCGCAAGUGGAUUGCCACCGCCUCCGCCAGCACCAGUUGGAAGUGCACCUGGAGCGUCUGGUUCAACAGAACCACCACCAUGGAGGCGGUCACACAGCCGCGUUCCUGCUCCUCCCGUUGCAGCCCCAGCGGAAGUUGAAGCAACUACCCCGGCAGUGGAGACUGCAGCUCCAUCUGGCACAGUGGUGGAAGUGCCGGAUAAUACGACCGGACCAACGCCCAAAGCUGCAUCAAAACGACCGCUCACACUGGAUCUUCGGCACUGCCGUGUGUGCCAGGAGACCGCGUACCAAGGAAAAGGCAUCUGCCUCAACACUGACUGUGAUCUCCACAAGGCCUGGAAGUACCCUCAGCAAAGUCGAAAGAAGCAGAACCGAGGAAAGAAAAGACCAAUUUGGUACGCACAUGCCACACAGAACAAGCAUGGCCAAAAGUGGCACGAGGACGACGAAGAAGAAUGGAACGACGAAGGCCACUGGACUUCAGCCGAUCCGUUGUGGAAGGGCGAUCGAUGGCAGGAUUGGCGGGACGAUGGUGGCCAUUCUGUAAAAAAGGAGCGCUUGCUGCUUGGGAGGGACGCGGGCUUGGGCGCCAUGAAUUGCCACGGCCGGCAAGAAGAAGAUCAAGGGACGAGUAGUGCUGCUGUCCAGGACUCGAGUUUGAUAGCGAGCUUGACCACCAGUGGCUGUCCAGGGGCUAGCACACAAGCAGUCGCCUUGAAUGGCGCCACGUGGACCCAGCACCUGGAGAAUGUCAGGGUCUUCAAAGAGCAAUGCGUUUCUCAGGAUGCUGUUCUGCUUUGCCCCGGCAAGAACAGCUUUGGCCAGGCUUACGAUGAGAAGUUGGCACUUGAGUCCUUGAAGAGGGAGGGCAAGUAUCUUUGUCUCAUGAACGCUUUGUGGCUUGAUCAAAGUUUCAGUGCCACGCCGCAAAUCCCAAUUUCCCAGGGAGCCAUCGACCAAGUGAAAGCACACUGGUUCUCUGAGCCCACUGGCUUAGAUCAGCAACAAGUCACUGCGGGUGUCUUGCAGCAAGAAGUUGACUCUAAGAAGAUGCCAGCCUUUGGCACUUGGAAGCGUCUCAGUGCUGAGGAGUCCGUCAUUGCCUUCUUCGAGGCCGCCGGUGCAGAAGCAAGGAAUGUGGAAGCAGGCGCUCAGGAUGACCAGCUGCAGAAGUGGUUGACUCACUGCCUGGCCUGCCCAGUGUUGAUCCGUGUAGUUGCAGACUCUCAAGAGAUGGAGUGGGUCGCCCAACAGUUGAGAGAGGACCAGACUCAACUUUCCUUCCUGGCCCGCACUCCUACGCAGAGGAUUUUCGACGUCAUGCAAAAGCGUGAGGCCAUGGGAGUGGCUUACACCCCAGAGGCACUGCUGGAUCUGUACGACAAGAAGCUCAAGUUGAGUGCCAAAUCGGAGAAACUGACGAAAGGAUUCCUGGGCCACGCUUCACUGGUCAUGAACAGAGCCUUGCGCCAUGACAGCAUUCUGAAAGUGAUCCUUGCCGAAGAGUCCACUGGAAAGAGCCUAUGGGACUCAGUCAGUAAGUUGCACGCCAUGGUUGCCAAGUCUUCUCGCUUUGAAGAGGUGUCCUGGCUCUUUGUCCACAUGCAUGAUGCAAAGAUCUGUGGUUACCUGGAUGGAGAAGUGUCAGUCCGCCAGCUGAAUGGUCAAGGUGCCACUGGCGGCAAGGGUUUGUGUGAUCUGGUCCUUUUCAAGAUGAGGUUCCGAGAUUACUUUGUGGGUGACUUCUUCCUUCUCACAGAAGCCAAAGAGAUGCCUGAGAAGUACCGCCAAGCUCUGAAAGACCUGUUUUCCUCCCACGAGAACUUGCGAGCGAAGGUGGGCUUCCCCAACUCUCCAGGUGACCUCUCAUGGAAAGCUGGAUGGACACGCUCUGCUGAUCACUGCUUGCAGCUGAUCCAGGAUUCGGUCUUCGGCACGGUCUUCGAUGACAACUUGAAAGCCGCCAUGGUCGCAGGCAAAGGCCCCCUGGAUACGUUGAACCUGGACACCAAGUUGGGCGAGCGCUUUGUUGAGUUCAAGAACUCGUUGCGCAAAGAGUUGGAUGAAGCUCGUGCUGAAGCAUCUGCAGCUGCCAGAGCAGAAGCACAGGAUGAGAAGGAAGAUGUAGAUGUGGCAGCAGGCAAGCCAGUCAGAAGCAUGGCUUACAAGGCUUUCCUGGCCGAUGUGCAGUCCAAGAUUGGUGAGAUCAAGAAGGAAGAAGUCUUGGAGCAGAUCCAGUUCUACGAAGAUAAGGCUCGCAACCUCAUGUCUUCCAACGUCCAGCUGUUUGUUUUCGAGCCUUCAGAGACUCAGCUGGGAGCAUACUUUGACAAAGCAGCUGCUUGUCAAGUGAGAGGAAGCGGAAGUCAGUGGGUGGGAGUCCUGCUUGACCCAGCCCAGUGGGGGGAGUCGGUGACGAAUCCCCACAUUAGGGUGUGUCCGCUCAACCAGGCAUACCUCAAAACUUUCCUUGCGCCAGUUGUCAAGUCCAGAGACCGGCAACAGUUGAGCUUGCACAACCGCGACUUGUUUUUCUACUUUGACUCCUUCUUGGCCGGAAACUUGAGCAAGGUCCUUGGUUCCUUUCAGACUCCUGCCGGAGACGCUUUGAGCAAGAGUUCCUUCACAGUUUUUGUCUCUUACGAUGAGGAAAGCUUGCGCCAACGCCGCCAGUACAUCAAGGCCAACUCAACGACGUUUCAGCAAGUUGAGCAGUUGACACUGGUGACUGCUGAGCCGUUUGGGGACGCCAUGACCAAGCAGAACCGCAAGCUCUACAAGGGCAGUAGCUUCGGCAACAAGAUUGGCGAUGUGAUGCUGGACAGCCCAAAGACGCUGUGGUCCAUGACCCUGAAGGACAAAGUGACUCUGUUUGGCAAGUACAGAGUGGCAGUUGGUGGACGCACUGCUGGAGAAGCAGAGAGUCAUCGCGGAGUCAGUACAAGGAAGAUGACUACUGAGGAGCCGGUGUUCUGGCACAGCCGUCCUGUGAACCUGUGCGUGGAGCUUUUGUGCAGCUACAACCUUGCAGCCAUGGUGGAUGCAGGAGCAGGAGAUGGCAACAUGGCAUUGGCUUGCGCUUUGUCUCGCUUGCCAUAUGUUGGCCUGUGCCUCACUGAAGAGCAUCAGACCCAGGUCCAGGAGCGCAUCGUGACAGAGAUCAUGCUGCGCAUGCUUUCUUCGGCCGAAACGGUGUACGAGCCCAAGUUGGCAGCAAGUUUGGGAGGAGAUCGCGCCAGCAGGUCGUCCCAGACAUCUGCCGCACCUGCGGCUACCACGGUGGGAGCGUCCACUGGCAGCACUCCCUCCAACCCUGUGCCAAGCAGUGGAAGUGGGAGCUCUGGCACAGCAGCAGCUGCAAAGUCUGCAGCUCGGAAAGUGCAGAAGAGACCUUCCUUGAAGGGAAGCAGGAGCAGAGCUGCCAAAGCUAAGACCACGUUGCUGCCUGCCCAGCCUGAAGUGCAACUCUUACCUGUGCAGCCUCCAAGUUCCGUGGCCGAAGUCACCUUGGCGUCUGACUGCUCUGGUCUUUGCACAGAAGGGCCGGCAGUGCGAGUCAACUUGCCACCCGCAGUCACCGUGAAGCACGUCUACACCUCUGAGAUUGAACCGAAGUUUAGGGCAUUCAUUACUCAGUUUGUUCAGCCCCAGCGAUUGGAGAACAAUAUGGAGAACACGCGAGAUCUUGAGCCUGUCUGGUUUGAUGUUGAUUUGUACACAGUCGGCAGCCCAUGUCAAUCUUGGAGUGUUGCUGGUGUGAAAGAAGGAGCAUCAGAUUGCAGAGGCGGUCUGAUGGCUUUCAUCCCUUACCAAAUCAAAAAGCAUAAGCCUCGCAGCUUUGUGGCUGAGAAUGUCAAAGGUCUCCUGAGCCUCUUUCCGAACGAGUUCAACUGGUUGAUUGAAACUUUGAGAGGCAUUGAACUUCCCAAUGGCCAGCCCUGUUACCAUGUGUACUGGAAAGUCCUGAACACCGAAGACUACGCCAUCCUGCAACACAGGGAGCGUGUGUACGUUGUAGGGAUCAGAAGGGACACACAGGUCCAUCACUUCCACUGGCCCGAAAACUUCAAACAGACACUCAGCUUGCAACAGCUUUUGGGCAACUGUGGCGCCAGUGAAAAGAGAAACUUGUCCCAUAUGACCCACGAUGGAGAUGGCAAUGCUUUGAGCAACACUGUCCGCAAGAACUUGCAGCAGUUUCAGAACUACCUGGAUCGGAACCCAGCCAAGCAACAUCGGGAUUUCAUUGUUGACGCAGGCGGUUCAAAGGCCAGUUGGAUGGAAGACAAGUGCCCUUGCCUCACCGCAAGCCGGUGCAAAGGGAAGCAUGGAUACUGGUGGCAUCAGGGUCAAAGAUUCUUGAAGCCAAGAGAUUUCUUGUUGCUCCAGGGAGUAUGGCGCUUGGCGCGGAACAUUUUCAUAGCACGUGGCAUCUUGUCAGCCUGUGUUUUAGCUCCCUCUCAGUCAGGCUUGAACCGACGCCGACGCAGUAGCAUGGCAGCACCUCGCCCUGCCAGUGCCUCGCCCCAGGGUGUCCUUGCGAAGGCUGAGUUGGAGCUGGGUAUCCAAGCCUUCCUGCAGAAGUGCGACCCAGGUCUGAAAGAAAAGGCAGGCUUCGAGCUUGAGAAUGCUCGUGAGUGUCUUCUUUUCAGCCGCCCUUUCUUUGCAGAGGAUAAGCUCAAGUCAGUGUCGCUUACCAAGGCAAUCUUGUUCUUGACCACUUUGCAGAAUGCACUGAAGUACCCGGAGACUGAACUCCAGGAUGUGCCAUGGAAAGCCGACAGCUACAACGGCAACGCGUUGGUUGAAUCCUUUCAAGAGAAAGUGGUAGCAUGCCCAGCUUUGAAGUCAAAGGCUGCCUUGGAAAAGAAAGCAGAUGAAGUGGAAAGCGCAGCCAAGUUCAUUGCACGUGCCCUGGAUACCAUCAAGGAGACCAUUCCCCAGACUGCGGCUUUGCAAGGCUCUGUUGUUUGUCUGGACGACUUGUAUGUGCACUUAGAGUUUCGAUUUGCAAAUAUGGAUCCUUGA